GCGGUUUUCAGGCCCGGGGCGGGGAACCAGCAGGGAAUGCUGGCGGCGAGUAGCGCUGCAAUGGGCACCAGAACCGGAGCCGGGGGGGCGGGAAACGGUACCGGGUUAAGCAGCCUCCCUGUGAACACGGCCGGACCGGGACCGGACACAGCCUCCGGGACCGACGGAGGCCGGUUUUCAGAGCGGGAUUACAGCACCGAGGUGAUCGACAGUGGCUCCGACCAGGACUCGGACUCCGGCGAUGACGAAGGCGCGGCGGGUUCAGGCGGGGACAGGAGAGGCGUGAAGCGGGAGAGGAGCGAGAGGGAGGUCGGCCAUCAGUCAGCGCCCACCUCCGGAGGCCUGAGCGGGGGUUACGGCGGGGUCAGCCCCGGGGUGCCGGGAGCCAAACCCGGCAAGAAAACCAGAGGAAGAGUUAAGAUCAAGAUGGAGUUCAUAGACAACAAGCUGAGGAGAUACACAACUUUCAGCAAGAGGAAGACCGGCAUCAUGAAGAAGGCCUAUGAGCUGUCCACACUGACCGGGACUCAGGUGUUGCUGCUGGUUGCCAGCGAGACGGGUCACGUGUACACGUUCGCCACCAGGAAGCUGCAGCCGAUGAUCACCUCGGAGACGGGGAAGGCUCUGAUCCAGACUUGCCUCAACUCUCCGGACUCCCCGCCUCGCUCAGACCCCUCCUCCGACCAGAGGAUGAGCGCCACGGGCUUCGAGGAGACCGACCUCACCUACCAGGUGUCUGAGGCUGACGGCUGUUCGGAGCUCGCCAAGGAUGUGAUCAAACCAGCUUUCAGUGUGCCCGCCUCUUCGGCGGCCCUGCAGGUGCUGAGCGGCGCCCCCUCCUGGCAGCCGUCCUCCUCCACCAAUGGGACGGUGCUGAAGACGUCGGCCGGCGUAGUGCUUCCUGCAGGCUUCACCUUGAUGUCAGGAGGCGGAGUCACGCAGCAGCUACAGGCCAUCCAGGUUCAGGCCAGCAGCCAGCACACCUCCACCAAUCAGAGCAGCUCAGACAUCCACAGCCCAGCCUCCUCCACAGCCAGCCUUCCUGCCUCCAUCAUGUCCUCCUCCUCGUCCUCCUCCUCAGUUGCAGGUCACAUGAUGUACCCUGGCGGUCACACGGUGAUGUACGCAGCACCGACGUCAUCACUAGACGGCGGCCUCACCGUCCUCAGCGCCUUCCCCCCGACAGGCCACGCCCAGUCCCACGACCCUGGCUCUCUCCCGCAGGUUUUCCUCACCUCGCUCCCUCCGGUCGCAGCUCAGAUCCCCGUCUCUGCAUUCCAGCUGCACCCGAUGGUCAUCAGUCAGCAGAGCAGCAGCAACCUGACGGAGCUGCAAGUCGUCAGUUUGGACGUCCACCAAUCAAAAGACGACUGA